CCCAAAUCGUUGGAAACGAACACAAAUUCAACCAACGAAGACAACAGCAGCAGCAGCACACCUGACGGACCGCGCUCAUUCCACCACCCACCCCAGCACACAUAUACAUACACAUACACACACACACACACACACACACACACACGCACACACAUACACAUACAUACACACACAUACAUACACACAUUUAGACGUACGUCCACCUCUUGAGCUUUCGGUGCACUCCACAUUUGACGCACAUCACGCGCAUUGCACGCACGUAGACUUACACUCGCGCGAGAUGUCAACCGCGCACGAUGAGCGGAUGACAAAGAAGAUCGCGCAACUGACCAAGGUGAUCAUCGCCCUCAACACGCGGCUGGAGGACUUUGAGAAGGAGAAGCGCGAUCUGGUGAACCAGUAUGAGGACGAAAUCGAGGAGAUCAUAGGCGAUGGCCGGCAGCGCAUUGACCACCUGCAGCAGGAGCUGCACGCAUCCAUCCCAAAGACCGACCACGAGGAGGCCAUCGCCAGCAUCCAGAAGCAGCACGAGGAUGCGCUGGCAGCGGUGCGCGAGCAGGUGGAGCAGCAGGUGCAGGCCAUUGCGGAGGAGCGCGAGGCGCUGGCGAAGCGGGAGGAGGACAGGCAGGAGCAGGUGCUGGCCGUGAAGCAGCAGCUGCUCACGCUCACACAGGACGUGCGCGCGAAGAAGGCGCGACACCAGCAGCAGAUUGUGCAGCUGGAGAAGGAGCGAGCAGAGCUUGAGGAGCGCAUCAAGGCGCAGCAGACCAAGGCCGUCGAAUCGCUGCACGCGCGCGCUCGUGCGCGAGAGGCAGACCUGCAGCAGAGAAUACAGGAGGUGGAGGGCGAGCUUGCGCGCACGCGGGACGAGCACGCGCAGCACACGGCGAAGAUGGAGUCACAGCGCCGGGAAGCGCUGGAGCAGCAGGCGGCAGAGUGGCGGCGGAAGCUGGAGGAGGCUGCCAGCGACGCGAAGAACACAGAGGCCGUGCUGAAGAACGAAAUACAGGUGCUAAAGGGGAAGGUCGACGACGCGCAGCAAAUGCUUGCAAGCACGGGCGAUGCCGACAAGGCCCUGACGGACGCACGGGCGGAGCUGGAGGCCGAGAGGAAGAAAGUGCAGGAAAAGCAGACGUACAUCGACGCGCUGGCGAAGGAGAAGAGCGAACUUGGCAGCGAGGCGCAGGAGUUGCGGAAACAGAUGGAGGAACGCAGGCGACACCUGGACAAGGUGAAGGAGGAGCUUCAAGCACAACAGAAGGUCAUCCAAGACUUGGAUGAGUACAGCAAAACACAGGAGGCGUCCCUCGAAGCCAGCGCUGGGGAGGUGCUUCGGCUGCAGUCGCUGAUCAAAUCGCUGCAGUCCAAAGCGACGACGGAGGAGUCUGUCGCCACACAGCACAGGGAGCGCGUCGCCGCACUCGAGGCUGAGAUACAACGACAGCGGGAGCGGGCGGAGACGCUGGAGAAGGAAUUCUCGCAGAAGACGCAACAGAUGAAGAAGAAACAUGCCCAAGAAGUGAAGGAUUUGAAGAGUGAAUUGGAGGAGAUGUCCGCAUCACACGCGCAGGAAUUGCAGCGCUUGAACACGAAAUUGAGCGACGUGUCAGCCCGUGCAAUGCAGAGCGAGCAGAGCUUGCGGGAACAGCUGUCAAAGGCGUCGCAGCAACUCGAGGACACGCACGCGCGCAUGAAAGCGGCGGAGGAGACGGCGGAGGGAGAAGCGAGCGCACGGCAGGAUGCACUGGACCGCUUGGCCGCAAUGGAGGCGGUGAAGGAGGAACUAAAGGCCACCACGGCGAAACUUCAGCGAACGGAGGCGAAGCACGACCGAUUGGAGGAGAAGAUGAAGGAGGCGGAGGACAGCAUCGCUGCCUUGAAGGAGGACCAUGAGAAGGAGCUUCAAGAGGCGAUUCAAAACGCCAAAUCCGCCGCACAGAAGGACUUGAAGAACCUCGAGGAAGUCAAAGCAAAGGAGCUGCGCGCGGCGCUGAGCGAGAAAGAAAAGCAGCACGCCGUUGCCGUCGAACACACACGCGCAGACUUUGAGCGCAAGAUGGCCGAGCUUAAGGCCCAAAUUGAGACGCUGAUGCAGGAAUUGGAGCUGGCGCGAUCGAGCGGAGCAAAGGAAUCGUCAUCCCUCCAGGAAAUGCUGUCGAAACUGCGAGAGGACCACGCGUUGAAGGUUGAGCAGCUCACGCAGAAGCACGACGAAGCAGUCGCUGCACUGACGCGCCAACGCGACCAGGCCAUCAAAGACGAGCACGACCGCCUCGCCACUCUCCACCAGCAGGAACUGCGUGACGUCCGUGCUGAACACACGCGCGCAAUGGAAGCGAUGCAGAAAGACCAACAGGCGCUCAGCGAUAAAUUGACCCAAGGUGCUGCUGACGAAGUGCGACGUGCCGUUGAGCACGCGCGCGAAAAACACGAGCAGCAGAUGUCUGACGCAAUCCGGCGCCUGGAAGACAAACACACGCGCGACGUCGCAAGGCAGCUCGAGGCUCAGAAUAUCAGGCAUGAGCGAGAGAUUUCCAAAGUGCGCAAAGAAUACGAACAAGAGCUAGACCUCGCAAGCUCCGAGCAAAGCGCGCUCACUGCCACGCUUCACAAGACAAAGGCGGCCCUGGAUAAGGAGCAAACUUCGCGAGAAUCGCUCGCACGCGAGCUGGAGACGACGAAACAGGACCUGGCACAGACGAAAGCAGCGUUGGAGGAGAAGGUGCAGGAGCUGUUUGACAUUCGCCGUGAGAGCAACGAGACGUUAAAUCAGCAUCAAACCGAUUUGAAACGACAGCACGAAGCUGAGCUGCGCGAUGUUGUGGAGAAAUACCGUCUGCAGUUUGCGCGGGCGGGACAACAGUCUACCAAGAUCCAGGAGGAGAUGCGCCAGCGGAUUGUGGCGACAGAGAACGCCCUGCGGAAACUGCAGGAGGAGUACGAAACGCGGCCCUCCCGUCCAGAUGACGUCGACAGAAUACAACUUCUCGAAACACAGCUCGCUGACACCCAGCAGAAGCUCAAAGUGAUUGCUGCUGAGAACGAGCGCCUGAACCUGGAGGUGGUGAACCGCGAGCACACGUUCAACCUCAUGUUCAAGAACUCGCCUGUGGUGCAGCCUGCGCCGCCAAAGGGCCAGCCGCCCAAAACACGUGUGCGCUCCGGGAGAUCACGCGCAUCUGCGCAUUCCAUCAAGCUGUGACGCCGUGUGGUUGUCACGUACGCACUCACUCACUCUUUGUCGCUGUCUCUUUCUAUGUGUGUAUGUGCGUGUGUGUGUCUCUCUUGCACUCACUCGCGCACGCACAAUCUCUCAUGCCGUACACACACCAUCUUGUUCCUCUUUUCUUGCACUCAACAACGCACAGUGUGUGUGAACAUCGCUGCGUUUUUGCUUGUUGUAUUCCUCCGGGUAUCGCAGGCCGCGAGUGGCUGCUGCUUGCGCGAGUUGUGCAACACACACAAUCUGUGGUUCCAAACUACCGUACCUAACCACGCCCCUCCCCCCUGCAUUUUAUCGUCAUUAGGUCAUUCAUGUAGACGCCCCCUCUAUUCUUGCUAACUGCCCCCACCCCUCGCCAUCUUGUUCAUUCGCCCCCCCCCCUUGCCCCGCUGUCACAGCGCAGCACCCGUUACAGACCCUCUUCUUCCUUUUUGUACGUACCAAUUCGCGCGCGUGUCUCAAAGCUUCAAUUGAUGCGUCGAUGUACACUUCUCUGCCAUGUCCAUUGCGAGUGAAAAAUAACAUCACA